AUGCAAUCACAAGAUGAUUUGGACUGGGUAUCUCAGCAUACACCGGCACCUGACGGUAAUCAGGAUAAUGUUAUAAAAGAACCAAGCCUUGAGCCAGAAUCCAAGGAACCUUCAAGAGUUGAAAGAGGUGACCGUCCUUAUGAGUUUGGAAAACGUUUUUUGACUGACGAGGAGGAUGUUUGGAAAUUCAAUGCCUGGGACCACGUUGAGUGGGGGCCUGACCAAAAAGAAGAAGCCGAAAGACAGUUAGCAGCCCAGGCCCAGACACCGGUGAAUGAGUUUGACAAGAAACUGUACCUGGCCAACCCGGCAAGAUACUGGGAUCUAUUUUACCGCAAUAACAAGGAGAAAUUCUUCAAGGAUAGAAAGUGGCUUAGGGUGGAGUUUCCUGCGCUGUAUGAGGCAUGCAAAAAAGACGCUGGUGCUGUCUCAAUCCUGGAGGUGGGCUGUGGAGCCGGGAACACUAUGUUCCCAGUUUUGCAGGAGAACGAGAACCCCGAACUCCGGAUUAGCGGCGUUGACUUCUCACCACGAGCGGUCGAGAUUGUGAAAACGAGCCCUAGCUUCGACCCAAAGUUUGCUCACGCUGCCGUGUGGGAUCUGGCCGAUCCGGAGGGUAAUCUACCAGAGGGAAUUGAGCCACAUUCGGUGGAUAUUAUUGUGAUGAUUUUUGUCUUCAGUGCGCUUGCUCCGGACCAAUGGCCCCAAGCAGUGUCCAAUCUACAAAAGAUCUUGAAGCCCGGCGGGCGCAUUCUGUUCCGCGAUUAUGGUCGAUACGAUCUGACACAGAUUCGCUUCAAAAAGGGCCGUCUCUUGGACGAAAACUUCUAUAUACGUGGCGAUGGCACACGGGUGUACUUUUUCACCGAAGAAGAGCUUGUGGAAAUCUUUGGAACUGCAUUUACGCCCGUUAAAAUUGCUACAGAUCGAAGACUUAUCGUCAACCGGCAGCGUAAGAUUAAAAUGUACAGAGUUUGGUUGCAGGCUGAGUUUUCUAAUUCCAAGUAG